CCCUGAACAACUCAAUUUCAACAAACUUCCCGAGUCCAACAACAACAACAAUAACAAUAACAAUAUGAGUGCAUCUCAGCCAAUCUUGCUCUACGCUGAACUUCUAUCAAAUAUACGGCAAGUUUCUAUCGGAUGUUCGUUGCAUUCGCCAAGUUCAUCUGACACUCAGGUCAUCGUCUCACCUGACGGGCUAGAGUUCACUGUCAAUCAUGAUGGCAUAAAAACAUCCAUCCGUCUUCCAGCAUGUGUCUCUUCGCCUCAAAAGCUUUCAGUGCAAAAUCUAGACACUAAAAGUCUAUCAUGGCGGCUACCGCUUUCAUCCACUCUAGGACAAUCUAGAGAGUUCUUGAACGCGUCCGAGGAGCAGGCUAUUCCGUGGUCCGCUAGUGAUCUCCAAUCAGAAUCACCCAUCGCCUGUAGAACAUGCCAUGCUGCGAUCGUCGAGUCUGGCCACAUAAAGGUAUGGAAAGAUCUGCCAAGUGAAAAUUGGGCGGAGAUGAUGGAGUUUUGGCACUGUCAUAAACCGCAUGAUCACGGCCAUGGUCAUGGUGAUGACCUCACUUCCAAAGGAUACGGUGCAAGCUCCAGGAUAUCAGCCCAAUCCGGUGUGGGAUUUGUGGACCUGACUUCAUUCUUGCUAUCAGAAACGGACAUCUCCAUGUCAGCUAUAACCCAUUCUCCACCAUCAUUAGAGUCCCACAACAGAAUAGAUGACCCUGAUAAGAAGCCUCAAAAUGACGAGUCCCAUGAUCUACAAGUUACAAAUCUACCCGUCUUUUGUAGUAAUUGCCAUAACCAGUGUGGAGUAAUGGAUAGCCAGGGAUCUUCUGCUUCUUUUUCUUUAUUCAAGUGGCAAGUUCAUGUCAACGAGAAGACACUAUCAGACUCUGAAAUACUGCCUACACUUUCUCACUGCGUUAGUGCAAUGCUUCUUGCAACAAGAGCCAGAUCAGGCUGUUCCAAGUCCAUCAUGAUACCGAUGAAGCAACAGGCCCCGCCAACUCAAGGCAUUCCGCCAGUAAACAGCAUAACUGAAUCUGAGUCACUACUGAAUAUAUGGGUUUGGAACACCAGCAUUACUUUCUCGUCUUCUAUGGAAGCAAGGUCACCUAUUAAAGCCAUGAAAGUAUUUUAUCGGAUGGUUGGCCAAGAUGAAGCGAACAAAAUGCUCGACUCCAUGACAUCAGACGUCCAAGACAUCACCUUGCCGGCAGAUGUAAUUAAUACCAUUAUACAUAUCUUGAGAAGCAGUAGCCCUUUGCUGCCGCAGAGUAAUCAACAGUACCUCAAUUGGACUGUCGGUCUUCUAGAGAAAUGGGAAGAGCGCUGAAGUAUGCGGGCUAGGUUCAGUUGGUUAUCACUAGUGAUAGAUAGGUAUUACCAGAACCUAGCCAUCAUGUAUCUAUAGCCUGCCUACCUAGGUAGGUAGUUGGCCUAGUAUAGAAUAAGGCAUCUCGUAGGUUAUAGCAAUUAAUGAAUAUAAUGUAGUCAGG